GAAGGCAACCGCCGCAUAGGGGAAACGGUGAUGGCGUGGACAAUGGCCCUUUUGUUUGACCUCACUUAAGCCUGGGCCAAGAGGUGAGCCAGAGCAACCAGGAGUCAGAAACAUCUAGGAUUUGUCAGGAUGAGAAGAGAGCCCUGCUGAGGACGUGGGAAAUGUCACUUCAGAGCCACAUCCAGUGAACUCGCCCUGGUUUCGCAAAGACGCAUGGGAGGGGAACAGACGGAGGUUUACCAAGAUGGCGGAAGCGGAGGACUCUCCUGGAGAGCAGGAGGCAACGUCAUCUAAGCCCCUGUUUGCAGGGUUAUCUGAUGUGUCAAUUUCACAGGACAUUCCCAUAGAAGGAGAGAUUACCAUCCCCUCAGGAACUCGUGCUCAAGAAUGUGACAGCUCCACACUAAAUGAAUCCAUUCGUCGGACCAUCAUGCGAGAUCUAAAAGCUGUGGGAAGGAAGUUUAUGCACGUUUUAUAUCCAAGGAAAAGUAAUACCCUGUUAAGAGAUUGGGACUUGUGGGGCCCGUUGAUUCUUUGUGUGUCACUUGCAUUGAUGCUACAGAAAAGUUCUGUAGAAGGGAAGAGGGAUGGCGGAAGCCCAGAGUUUGCAGAAGUGUUCGUUAUCAUCUGGUUUGGAGCAGUUACCAUCACACUAAAUUCCAAACUUCUUGGUGGAAACAUUUCUUUUUUUCAGAGUCUCUGUGUAUUAGGAUACUGUGUACUUCCUUUGAACAUUGCAAUGCUGAUCUGCCGCCUCCUGCUUUUGGCAGGGCAGGGACCAAUAAACUUCAUGAUUCGACUUUUUGUCGUGUUGGUGAUGUUCGCUUGGUCUGUGAUAGCAUCUACAGCAUUCCUUGCUGACUGCCAGCCUCCAAACCGAAAAGCCCUGGCAGUGUAUCCCGUCUUUUUAUUCUACUUUGUUGUCAGUUGGAUGAUACUCACAUUCACUCCAUAAAUCCGGAUACACACAUUCAAUACCAAUGAACUGCAAGCCCACCUGAGAAAGAUAAUGGUUACCAAGACAACUUCCCCUACUCUCGUUCAAUUGUUGGGGUAUUAAAGGGGAGCCACAUACCACUGUUGUCAUUUAUAUAGAAACUGAUAUUCGCAAGGCUGUCCUUUUCCUCUUAAUAUUACUAUUUUCAAAUACUUGUACAUACCAUGCAUAGUAAUGCCUCCUUAAGGCAUGAUGAAGCUAUUUGUGUGACAACCAGUGACUUGAGCAAGCGGAUCCACUCUACAAAUUACAAAAGAGUUGGUGACCAUCUUCAGCUUAGAGAAUAUUUGUUCAGGUGCAGCUCUUAAACACAUUGCCUUAUGACUAUUAGAAUAUGCCUCUUUUCAUAAAUAACAUUCUGUAUCCAUUUAUUUUCUUCUCACCCCCAAACUGGAGAAGGUAACAACAAGAGGUUAGGAACAAGGUUUGUAGAUGUGGGAAGAAAAACCAUGUUAACCAAUUUUCAGAUUUUGAUCAGAGGUACUGCUAUACUUGGUUUUUCAUUUGUUUUUAAGCAAAUAACAUCUAAAGAAUCAACUUUUAAAGUAUUUUCGUAUAGUUACCUUUCUGUCAUGUGUAACAGUACCUCAGCUAACAUUCUAGUUUUUAAUCUUUCAUACAAUGACAGCAGUCAAACAUGCAACUUCUCUUUGACUGGCGUUCUUGAUGGUUUAAUGUUUGAGCUUUUCUAAGUAGUAGAAGACCUCAGAAAUCUAGGUUUAUGGUUUGUAAUGCAUAUUGUCAUGUGGACACCUUCCUUUAAGGCAUAGCUUAUAUAUUGGAUAUCUAAAAGAGCCUAUUUUGUAUGACCCAGCCUCACACUAGAAAGGAAAGCUACAUCAGAAGCAUGCAUUUAACCAAGUGGACAUAGAGAUCUAGUGUUCUGAAGGCCGGAUAAUGGAAGGAUGCUUACACACAUGAUGAAGGGUUAGUUAUGUUUACAGCCGCUGCCUUUCCAUAGUGGGCUCAGCACAGUUUGUUUGUUUUCAUUAUAUAUUAUGGAGGGGUUUUUUUUGGAUAGAAGGCUAAGGAAUAGCAAUUUGUUUUAUGUGUUUUAGAUUUUUUGUAAAGGUAAUUAGCUUCCCUUUAGAUAUGUACAUUUUGCACAUGUGCAUCUACCUAUACUCUCAGAUAUUUAUGCGCAAGAGUGAAGGCUUUUCAGGGAACAAAACAUCUAAGGCAGGCUGAUUUUCAGCUAAAGAGGACUCCUGUAAGGUAGUAAGAACUGAUACCUUCUAUAUGGUUCACACUGAAGAAUGCUAAUUGAUGACUAGGAGUCAGAAGACAUUCGUUGUAAAUAUGCAGUAACCUGUAAAGAUAGCAAUUUCUUAUUCCAUGUGUUUUAUCCUAGAAUUUAAAUAUUUAUUGAUUUUUGUAUUUAAAGACUACCUUCAUAUAAAUAUAUGAUUCUAAAACCAUAAUUUUUCUCCUUCUCAGAGUAACCAAGUGAGCGACACUAGGCCAAAUGGGUUCAUGGGAUGAGUUACAAAGCAUUACUGAGUUUAUCCUCUGUCCUGACGUUGUCUAAUUGUUUAGGAGUAUAUAUUUGAGUUCAUUGUAAUUUAUCUUUUAAAUUACAAAUUGUGAAGAUAAAUCUGUGCUUCAAUCUUAAAAACUUUAAAACUAACCCUAGUAUUUGAAAUUUGUCAUAAAAUAGCAUUUCUUUCUAGUAUCUGAGAAGUUUAAACAUCCCAUUCAAAUAUAUUUCCUAAGUUGUUUUGUAAUCUGCCCAAGUAAUUAUAAUAAUGAAAUAAUCAUACUUCUCAAAUUUAGUCUUUGCUGGAUUUUACUCAGGUGAACCAUUUACUCUGAAAUUCCUAAGGCCACAAACCCUAAGGGUUUUGGAGGGUUAAACACAUUGGGUAUGAGGCAGCUUGAUGCCUGUGUGUUAAUCUGUUGCUCUUGGGUGAGUUAAUGAAUGGUUUUUCUACAGCUUAAAAUGGGAAUGUAGGACCGAGGCUGUAGUUCAGUGAUAGAGCAUUAGCCUGGCAUGCACAGUACUCUGGGCUCAAUCGUUGCCAUUGCCAAAAAAGGUGGAUAAACUGGAGGCCUAAUUACUUUUUCCUGGAAUUAAAUGAUUAGAGGAUAUAAAUAUUUUUAAUAUAUGCAAACGAUCUGUUGCUUUCUGUGACAAGUGACAUUCUGACUCUGGAAGUUGUAAUAUAGCUUUUCCUGUUUUGCUGCAAAGGCGCAUGGUUGAUUGUAGAAAUGAGAACUGGAAGGGCAGAAGCAUCCAGGAAAGGAACUCCUGUUCUAAGAUGGCAAAGUUUCAUGCUUCUGGUGAUUUUCAAGCUUUUGAGUAUCCCUGCAGGAUGUACAUGGGUAUCAUUGCCAACUUGGAUGAUCACCUGCUGCUUCUACACCUGAGACCAUGACACUGGUUUACAUGUCUUAGUUAUAGGAAGAGUAAAGACUUGAUUUUAUUGGGGUUCAGAUUACAAAACUGUAAUGAUGACAAUGUAUUUGAAUGUUCUAUGUUCCUUAAAAGUCAUCGAAUACUGAGGGUUUGUGUGUGUGUGUGUGUUUUGUUUGGUCUUGGCUUCAAAGUUAUGUAAGUUGAAUUUGAUCUUUUCAUUAUGGGAUCUUUCUUUAGUUGGUCAAAGUUCAUAGCAUGAGACUGAUAAGCAUUUCACUGUUGACUCUGUCUUUUAUAAAUAGUACCCUCAAAAAUGUGAUUAGAAGGCUAAUAGGCCUAUGCUUGGAGAUAUAAUAUAAUCUGUUGACUUACUACAUUUGAGCUGGCUGCUUAUUUCUGGAGAUGAAAAUGAAAAUUUGUUAGUUGAUAUUUCUGGGUAUCACCAAGUCGUGCUAGUAUGGUUUGAGCACUGAAGUGAUCCCUGACUAAACUGUCAGUUUCUACGAUGGAUGGAAAUAACUAUGAAUGUUGAUCAAGCCACAUAUGUACAUUAGAGAUACUUCUCUAGAUUGUGUGUGACAGGGAGAGUAAUUUAUGAUUAUUAAUAACGAUUAUUGGACAUUUAAUGUACACCAAUUUACUAUUCUAAGUUUAAAAGAAUUUUUGGAAAAGCUUUAUUAAAGUAUACUUUACCGUGAAAAUCCAUCCUUUUAAAGUGUACAAUUCAGCAGUCCUUACUAUCUUCACAGAAUUACCCAACCAUCAUCACUGUCUAAUUUGAGAAUGUCUGUCUUUAUCACUCUGCAGAGAAAGAAGUCACUCCAGUUCUUAAUUCACCUUUAGUUCCCAUCAACUACUAGUCUACUCUUAUCUGUCUGGCCAGGCUUAAGCUUGCUGUCUCCUCCACUCUUCAACAUGAAGUGCUAUAAUUCUCAUUUUACAGUAGAAAAUUUAGGCACAGAAAUGUAACUGCCCAAGGUCAUGUAUUAAUAAUGCAUGCAAGUGAAUUGAUGGUAAGAAAGCAUUAGAUGAAAUGCAGUAUGUAUUGCACUGUUAGGCACACAGAAGGAACAUUUCCUUCCCAGGGUAUGUCCCCUCUUACUGACCUUUGCACCUUAGAACUGACUGGAGGUAGAUAUGUCUUGUUUUUUUUUUUUCUCAGAGUAAUGAACUCUGGCAUUUGAGCACACAAAGCAGGCAGACUUAGAAAGACAUAGGUUUGCUGCCCAUACUCCUUGAACCCCUUUCCUCUUUUCGCACACACAUAAUCUAUUUUUCUUUAAGCUUGAAGAAUCAAACUACUACUGAAAAUUUUUUCCAUUUCACAUAUACCACAUAGGGUACUGAGUCUAUUUGUAAGACUUAAGAUUAAAGUCAUUCAAGAACUGAAUGCCUUUCUAUUUGGAUAGAUGUGAGAAUAAAGAUUUUUGCCUUAAUAAAGCUUGUUCAUUUCUGGUC